AUGCUGGGCCAUAUCCGUAUACAUCUGGGUAUAGGCCUGGCCCUAUUCUGUACCAAAACGCUAGCAGUGAACUGCACCUCGCCCUCGAUUACCUCGGAAGCGGACGCAGAGACUGUGCGCCAAGGCUGCAACCAAAUAUCUGGCAACCUUACGAUUGGUCCGUUUUCUCAGAAUGCCAGUUCGCUCUAUAUCGACCUGGACGGCAUCGAAACGAUUCAGGGAAGCUUGUUGCAUGAGUCGGGCCUCACAGAUUAUGAUGCGACUGAGAUCCCAUUUUCCGUUUCCAGCACAACCCUAGUCGAAGUCGGAGGCGAUGUUCAAUUUGGAGAUUGGAUUUCUGGACUGACAAACCUCACUCUGCCGAACCUUGGAAGAGUCAAUGGCGCGUUUUACAUGGGCGUGUGGUCUUCCAAUUUGACAUAUUUGGACAUCACCAGUCUAGAAUCAGUGAACUCAAUAUGGAUCGGAGGGAGGAGUCUUACCACGAUGCAUCAUACGCGGUUGCGUAAUGCGUCAAGUAUCACAGUUGAUGACGCCGCAUUAGACUCGGUUGACAGUCUGUUCAACAACCCGUUGAAUAUUACUGGAGGCGCCUAUAUCUGGGACCCGCUGCCAAACAUGAAUACUGUGACUAUCGGGUUCAACUCGACAAAUCUGCUGGCAGUCAGUUCACAUGUUACUGUGAUCUUCGGGGGCUCGAACACCACAGAGAUGUACCUUGAGACUAUCGAAAUCGACGCUGGAUCGGCCUUAGAACGGGGAUCCAAGGUGCAAACACUCAAAGCAAACAGCUUGCAAUUCAGUCCUGGCGACAAUACCACCUCUCUCAAUGUUCCGUUUGACGACUUGCAAGCCCUAGGGUUGCGAAAUGGGGAGAAAUAUGAGAAGUUUCAAACCAUCCGUCUCCCCGCUCAGGCUGUCAACUACACAGGUGGAUUUCAGCUGAAUAUUGACGAGUGCCCAUAUUUAAACCUGUCAUCCAUGUACAGUGUCGAUGAUAGCAGCAACCAGACCUGGUACUGGCCAACAAACAUUUCAUCCAUCUACAUCUAUAACGCAGAUGUAUCCAACUCAUUCUUGUAG